UUCUUCUCUUUGGCGAAAACAACGUUGGUGCUGCUAAUGUGGACGUCAACAAGCACGUAGUUUAUAAAAGAACACUCUUGUCAUAGUAGGUGAAGUACAGUAGUGAGUGUAAACAUUAUUCCAUGGCUUUCCGAUUAAGCGGGCGGAUUUUCAGGCAUUCCACCGUUUUCUCCGGACGGGUCGUGUCUGCUCGACAAGAGCCUCCGUCCUGGUUCCUCACAGCAGGGAGUUGUGAGAUCAGACACGGGAGGAAUGGGUUUAACCAUACACCUGCCUGUUUUAUUACAUCAGAAGUGUUUCUGAGCAGACUGGUGAAAGGCAGAGUUGCACAAGCAGAUGGAAGCUGUGAUCGGAUUCAGCCCCCAGCUUCAGUUCUUCCUGACAGUGGUGAAAAUCUGUCUCUGUUAGUGAGACAUCCAGAUCAGCCUGAGAACUCGAAGGUAAUCAAAGUGGCAAUAAUCGGUUCUCCAAAUGUUGGCAAGUCCACAUUGACCAACCAGCUCCUUGGCACAAAGGUGUUUGCUGUGUCAAACAAAGUCCAUACAACCCGGUCACGCAGCCUGGGUGUCUUGACAGAGGACGAUACGCAGAUAAUUUUACUGGACACACCUGGUGUCACAAGUCCAUCAAAGGUCAAAAGGCAUCACCUGGAGAAGUCUAUUUUCGUGGAUCCCAGGAAUACAAUGAAGGAAGCCGACUUAAUUGUAGCCAUGGUGGAUGUGGCAGACAGGUGGAUGCGUCAAAGGCUUGAUUUCGAAAUGCUGAAAUGCCUUGCUCAGAAUCCGGACAUCCCAGCGGUCCUGGUUCUCAAUAAGGUGGAUCAGGUGAAGAAAAAAGACAGGCUGCUGGAGGCUACAGUGAACUUAACAUGUGGACUGGUGAACGGACGCAAAAUCCACAUUAGGCCAGUGAUCAAACCUCCAUGGGCUGAAAGGAUGCCAGUUGAGAAUCUGGAUCCUUCUGAAUUAUCAGAUGUUGAGGAUGCCACCACUGGUGUGGAGGACGGUGAUGAAACGAAGACUGCGCUGAGUAAAGAGCAGCUGAAGGCUCUGUGGAAACAGCAGGGAUGGCCACACUUUAAAGACGUCUUCAUGCUUUCUUCUACCAAUAGCGAGGAGGUGGAGACGCUGAAGAACUAUUUGAAGCGUGCAGCUAAGCCUGGGGCCUGGCAGUACCACAGCCAGGUCCUGACUGACCAGACUCCUGAGGAGGUUUGUCUCAACACCAUCAGAGAGAAACUUCUGGAGCAUCUAAACCAGGAGGUUCCAUAUGCCAUCACACAGUCAAUUCAGACGUGGGAACAGAGAGAAACUGGAGAGCUGGAUAUAUGUGUCGAGCUUCACAUCAAGAAAGACUCUCACAUGAGUGUGGUGAUUGGCGCGGCCGGACAGAAGAUAGCACAGAUGGCCCAAGAAGCCACUGAGGACCUGAGCCAGAUUUUCCUGCGACAUGUGAGGCUGAAGCUAAUAGCCAAGUUGCAGAAAUAAAGACAAAACGGAUUCUGUUGUCUGCAGUGGGUAUGAUCUCACGAGGAGUCGGACGUAGACCUGCAACGUGUCAAAUAUUCUGCAUACGCACUUCUCACUGACCUUUGACCUAUGAAAGAUCUGUUUUGCUACACCAGAAAUGUUCUGAACCUCAGCUCAUCGGCCCUGUAAGGUUUUCAUUCGAAACUACAAUGUGUGGGAUUGAUGUAUCUUUACUGAAACUUAAAGUAGGUUGCCAAAUAUCACAACGCUGCAGUAUGUAGAUUUAGGGUUGUUUAUUGGCAGAGGUGGAACGUCGCGUUCAUCAGCUCCUGUUCAUCAUCGUACAACAACAAAUCCAUGUCUUCUGAACUUUCACUUACCAGCUGUCACAAGAGAAGGCAAAAAAGAAGCAAAAACAUGAAGGGAAAAGAAAUUGUGACUUGGUGAAGGCAUGAUGCUAUCUGCAACCUCACCACUAGAUGACACUAAAAUCCUACACACUGUAGCUUUAAAUUUGAAAUACACCUGAUCUGGUGUAAAAUGAAUAAAUGCUACAUUCAUCCUUUUUCAGCACAUUUUGUCAAAAUGUUU